AUCUUUUUGAUCAUAAGUAAUGUUGCAUCACUUGUGGAGAUAUACAUAUAAUACUAGCAAAGCCUUGUCUUUGGAAUAGUUAACAAGAUGGGGAUUGCACAAUGUAUCUGUGGUCAGAAAUGCCAGUACUCCUGAAUUAUAUGAAAUUGCUGCUAUGGAUCCAUUAUCACCAGAUCCUGAAACAAGACCAGGAUCAAUCUCAAGUACAGGAGCAAUGGUAGCAUAUUCUGGAAGAAGAACAGGGUAAUUAAAAAGAAAUUAUGAUUUUUAGACGAUCUCCAACAGAUAAAAGAGUAGUGUUUGAUGAAUAGACAGAGCAUGAAAUAUGGUGGGGUAAUGUCAAUAUUCCAAUUCCAAAGAGAUCACAUAAUUUAUUGGAAUAGGUUGCCCUUUAAUUUUUAAAUACAAGACCAAGAGUAAAUUUAUAAUAUAUUUUUUAGUUAUUUGUUGUUGAUGGAUAUGCAGGAUGGGAUCCUCAUAGCAGAUUAAGAAUUCGUGUAUUUUGUACAAGAGCUUAUCAUGCAUUAUUCAUGUAAAAUAUGCUUAUCAAACCAACUAAUGAAGAGUUGAAGAAAGAUUUUAGUGAUGAUGUUGAUUUUCAUAUUUUUAAUGCAGGACCGAUGUCAGCCCCAAAAUUAGUAGAAGGAGUUGGAUCAGAGACUUGUGUAUCUGUUAAUUUAACAGAUAAAAAAAUGGUCAUUUUAGGAUCUUAAUAUGCAGGAGAAAUGAAAAAAGGAGUAUUCGGAGUUACUCAUUAUAUGUUUCCUAAAUAAGGAAUUCUUACACUUCAUAGUUCAGCCAAUGAAGGAGUCAAUGGAGAUGUAACAUUACUCUUUGGUUUGAGUGGAACUGGUAAAACUACUCUAAGUGCAGAUCCAAAGAGAAAACUUAUUGGAGAUGAUGAACAUGGAUGGUCUGAUAAUGGUAUUUUUAAUAUUGAAGGUGGAUGUUAUGCUAAAUGUGUAGAUUUAAGUUAUGAAAAAGAACCUGAAAUUUAUAAUGCUAUUAAGUAAUUCUUUAUAUUCAUUUUAGAUUUGGUUCUGUCUUAGAAAAUGUUGAAUUCCUGUCUAAAGAUUCAAGAGAAGUUGAUUAUCAUAAUAUUUCUAUCACUGAAAAUACAAGAGUUAGUUAUCCUUUAGAUUUUAUUCCAGGAGCUAAGAAUCCUGCUGUUGGAGGUCAUCCUAAAAACAUCUUAUUCCUUACUUGUGAUGCAUAUGGUGUUUUACCACCUGUUUCCUUGUUGACACCAGAAUAAGCUAUGUAUCAUUUUAUUUCAGGCUACACAGCUAAAGUAUUCAAAUUCUUUAUAUAAUUAUAGGUAGCUGGUACUGAAAUGGGAGUCAAAGAACCUGUUGCUACUUUUUCAGCUUGCUUUGGUGAAGCAUUCUUACCAUUACAUCCAACUCUUUAUGCAACUAUGUUAGCUGAAAAAAUGAAAGAACAUGGAACUAAAUGUUGGUUAGUCAAUACUGGUUGGUCAGGUGGCAAAUAUGGAAUUGGCAAAAGAAUGUCACUUAAAUAUACCAGAACCAUUAUUGAUGCUAUUCAUAGUGGUGAAUUAGCUAAUGCAGAAUAUGACAAUUUUGAAAUUUUCAAUUUAUAAAUCCCUAAAAGAGCAACUGGUGUUCCUGAUAAUAUGCUUCACCCCAAAAAUACUUGGAUGUAAUAAAUAUUUUUUAUCAUCUAGUAAUAAAUCUGAGUUUGAUAAAACCUUAAGAUAAUUAGCUGAUAAAUUUUAAAAGAACUUCAAAAAAUAUGCUGAUAAGGCCACCUCUGAUGUUAUCAAUGCAGGUCCAUCAAUCUGAGCUUGUAUCCAUAAAAUAUAAAUCAAAUAUAUA